AUGCCGGCGGCCAACAUGAUGGAGAGCCUGCAGCCGCCCGCCCUGCAGGUGCCCGAGCCGCCGGCGGCACCCGCAGGCAGCCCGGUCUGGUCCAGCUCGUCCACCCCCACGCUCCGCCGCCGGCGCUUCAAGAUGCGCCGCACGCAGAACGUGCAGGAGCAGAGCCUGGAGGCCGGGCUGGCCCGGGACUUGCCCAGGGUCCUGGCCCCUGGCAAAGAGUUCCUGCAGCUGCCGGCCAUCGAGAUUACUCCCUCCAGCGACGAGGACACGCCGUGGUCCAGCUGCUCCACGCCCAGCGCUUCCCCGCGCCGAAAGCGCUUCCUGCUCCGAAAGUGGCUGAGGGUCCGGGAGCGGAAGGAGUGCAGUGAAAGCAGCAGCCAGCAGAGCAGCCAGCAGAGCAGCCAUGAUGAUGACCCCAGCAGGCUCCUGAGCCCUCGAGCGCGGGAAGAAAGCACUGCCAGUAACUCCAACCGCAGCACGCCGGCCUGUUCCCCCAUCCUCCGGAAGCGGUCUCGCUCACCAACCCCACAGAACCAGGACGGAGACGCCAUGGUGGAGAAGAGCUCCGAUCAUCCCUCAGACAGGUCCCCAUCCACACCGGAGCAGGGCGUGCAACGGAGCUGCUCCUCACAGUCUGGCCGCAGCGGUGGCAAGAAUUCCAAGAAAAGCCAGAGUUGGUAUAAUGUGUUAAGCCCCACUUAUAAGCAAAGGAAUGAAGACUUCAGAAAGCUCUUUAAGCAACUUCCAGACACGGAGCGCCUCAUUGUUGAUUACUCAUGUGCACUCCAAAGAGACAUUCUUCUUCAGGGCCGACUCUACCUCUCUGAAAACUGGAUCUGCUUCUACAGCAACAUCUUCCGCUGGGAAACUCUGCUGGCAGUCCGGUUGAAAGACAUCUGCUCUAUGACUAAAGAAAAAACAGCUCGCCUCAUUCCCAAUGCCAUCCAAGUUUGCACUGACUCAGAAAAGCACUUUUUUACUUCAUUUGGAGCCCGAGACAGGACGUAUAUGAUGAUGUUCCGGCUUUGGCAGAAUGCACUCCUAGAGAAGCCUCUGUGCCCCAAGGAGCUGUGGCACUUUGUUCACCAGUGCUAUGGGAAUGAGUUGGGACUGACCAGUGAUGACGAGGACUAUGUGCCCCCAGAUGACGACUUCAACACAAUGGGCUACUGCGAGGAGAUCCCUGUAGAAGAGAAUGAAGUGAAUGACAGCUCAUCCAAGAGCAGCAUAGAGACCAAGCCAGAUGUCAGCCCACAGCUGCCCAAGAAAUCCAUCACCAACAGCACACUGACUUCCACGGGGAGCAGCGAAGCCCCCGUCUCGUUUGACGGUCUUCCUCUGGAGGAGGAGGUGCUGGAGGGUGAUGGGUCCCUGGAGAAAGAGCUUGCCAUCGACAACAUCCUAGGGGAGAAGAUUGAGAUCAUUGCACCGGUGAACUCCCCUUCAUUGGACUUCAAUGACAAUGAAGACAUCCCCACUGAUCUCAGUGACUCUUCUGACACUCAUGAUGAAGGAGAGGUCCAAGCCUUUUACGAGGACCUGAGCGGCCGGCAGUAUGUGAACGAAGUCUUCAACUUCAGCGUGGACAAGCUCUAUGACCUCCUCUUCACUGACUCGCCCUUCCAGAGGGACUUCAUGGAGCAGCGGCGCUUCUCCGGUAUCAUUUUUCACCCGUGGAAAAAGGAGGAGAAUGGAAACCAGAGCCGAGUGAUCCUGUAUACCAUCACCCUUACCAACCCGCUGGCUCCCAAAACUGCCACUGUCAGGGAGACACAGACCAUGUAUAAGGCGAGCCAAGAGAGUGAGUGUUACGUGAUUGAUGCUGAAGUCCUCACGCAUGACGUGCCGUACCAUGACUACUUCUACACCAUCAAUCGCUACACGCUCACACGUGUGGCUCGGAACAAGAGUCGACUCAGGGUCUCUACGGAGCUGCGCUAUCGAAAACAGCCUUGGGGGUUGGUGAAAAGCUUCAUCGAGAAGAAUUUCUGGAGUGGGCUAGAGGACUACUUCCGCCAUUUAGAGAGCGAGCUGACCAAAACAGAAACUACCUACCUGGCUGAGAUGCACAGACAGUCUCCCAAGGAGAAGACCAGCAAGCCCCCAACAGUGCGGAGGAGAAAGCGUCCCCAUGCCCACUUGCGGGUCCCUCACCUUGAAGAGGUGAUGAGCCCUGUCACCACCCCCACUGAUGAAGAAGUGGGCCACAGGAUCAAACACGUGGCAGGUUCCACGCAGACCCGGCACAUCCCUGAGGACAGCGCCAGUGGUUUCCACCUGCAGAGUGUGUCCAAGCUGCUGUUGGUCAUCAGCUGUGUGAUCUGUCUCAGUCUGGUGCUGCUGGUUGUCCUUAACAUGAUGCUGUUCUACAAGCUCUGGAUGUUGGAAUAUACCACCCAGACCCUCACUGCCUGGCAGGGUCUGAGGCUCCAAGAAAGGUUACCACAGUCCCAGACAGAAUGGGCCCAGCUCUUAGAAUCCCAACAAAAGUACCAUGAUACCGAACUCCAAAAGUGGAGGGAGAUCAUCAAGUCUUCGGUGAUGCUUCUGGACCAGAUGAAAGAUUCCCUCAUCAACCUUCAGAGCGGCAUCAGGUCCCGGGACUACACAUCAGACAAUGAGGAGAAGAGGAACCGCUACCAUUGACAAGGCAGGACCAGGGUGGCUGCCAGAGGCCUGUGCAAUCCCUGUACAUAGACCAUAUAAAUAGAGAUAUAAAUAUAUAUAUAUACAGAAGAUAAAUAUAUAUAUAUUAUAUAUAGAUUUUAAAACGAGAUCAUGCCUACGUACCAUGGAGAAGGAGCAGGACUGCCUCCGGGACUGGCUGGAGAAAAUGCUUUCCUUUGGUGGGUGGGCAGAGGCGGCCGAAACCACCUCUCAGCACCAUCCUCCUCCCCCCCCCCU